GGUCAAUCUGCAAAAUACUCUCUCUCUCUUUGAACUGCUCGUGAAAUAUAUAAAGGAAAUUGGAACCAUUCAUAAUAAUAAAUAUAAACCUUGCCACUAACAACUGCGCUAUAGGUUGUUGAAUCUAUAAUAAUCUAACUUCGAUGUUUAUGUUUAAAAUGACUUGCCUAUGAACAAUGGCCCUACUGCAUUACAGGCACAGGCUAGACAACCAGUCUUGCACACCGUUCCAUAACCUCACAAAUUUUCUAUUUUUACAUUUCAAAACAGGAAAGGUUAAGGUUAAAUUAAAGUUAUUUGAGGAAACCCUACGAUGUAAAUUGUAAAUAUAGCACCGAAAACGAACAGCAAUUAUUGUCCGAACGAUGUAUUCGAAGUAUCAUAAGGCUCUCUGUUCAACAAAUAAAGUAUACAGAUGUCUGUGCAAUGGUUUGGUCACAGACGGUAGCACCCCUGGGGCCACAGCCCCUGCAGGCACUGGCAUGCCCCCAAAAGAUGCCAGGGUCGUUAUAUGUGGAGGAGGCGUGAUGGGAGCCUCGGUGGCUUACCAUCUUGGAAAACUGGGAUGGGGUAAGGAGACUGUGUUGAUUGAACAAAAUCGUAUUGGUGGAGGAACAACUUGGCAUGCAUCUGGCCUCAUAGGUGUGUUCAAGCCAAGCUUGUCUCAAGUGAAACUGACCAAGUCAAGUGUAGAUUUGUACAAAGAGCUUGAGAAUAAAGGACUGUCAACAGGCUGGAAACAAUGUGGUAGUCUCAACAUAGCAAGAACUAAGGAUAGGAUGAUUGUCUUUAAGAGGAUGAAAGCUCAGUCUGUGUCCUGGGAAAUUGACUGUGAGAUACUUACUCCUGAGCAAUGCAAAGAAAAAUGUUCCUUGUUAAGAAUUGAUGAUAUAAUUGGUGGCUUGUGGAUACCUGGAGAUGGUGUAGGUGAUCCAUAUGAAACUUGCUUGUCUAUAAUAUCAGAGGCAAAAAAUAUGGGAGUUCGCGUGAUUGAGGGAUGUGGUGUCAAAAAAAUAGACCAAAUUGAUAAAAGAGUAUCAGGAGUUGAUACAUCCUUGGGCUACAUAAACUGUGAAUACUUUGUAAAUUGCGGUGGGUUUUGGGCUAGAGGUAUCGGUCAGCUCUCAGAACCCAAUGUAAAAGUACCUCUGCAUGCUGUAGAACAUUACUAUCUCCAUACAAAACCUAUUCCUGGACUAGAUCCUCUAUUACCAGUUGUUAGAGAUCAAGACGGCCAUAUCUACUUCAGAGAAAACAAAGGUCGUUUACUCGCUGGCGGAUUUGAGCCAAUAGCAAAACCGGCUUACGAAGACGGUAAAAUUCCAGCAAGCAGCAAGGACCGAGCAUUGCCUGAGGAUUGGGAUCAUUUCCAUGUGUUAAUGGAGCAAUUGCUUCAUAGGGUGCCCAGUUUAGGCAAUGCUGUGUUGGAUAGGCUUUGUAAUGGUCCUGAGGCUUUUAGUCCGGACUGCAAGUGGAUUGUAGGAGAAACCCCGGAGAUCAGAAAUUACCUGGUAGCUGCAGGGAUGAAAACUAUCGGUAUCGCGGCAGCUGGUGGGGUUGGAAAAGCUACUGCAGAGCUUAUAGUAACUGGCGACACUGACUUUGAUAUGUACGAAUUAGAGGUGUCUAGAUUCUUAGGUCUCCAUAAUAAUAGAAAGUUCCUAAGGGACAGAGUAAGAGAGGUUCCAGGACUGCACUAUGGAAUUAUGUACCCGUUUCACGAGUUCCAGACAAGUAGAAAUCUCAGGAUGUCCCCUGUAUAUACGAGAAUGAGAGAAGCUGGUGCAGUUUUUGGACAGGUGAUGGGAUAUGAAAGACCAACUUGGUUUGAUCCAAACAUCAUACACGAUACAGAAAAUCCACACGAUUGGUGUACUCCAUAUCGGAUGGCUUAUACAAACACAUUCGCAAAACCACCCUGGUUUGACUGCGUGGCUAAAGAGUAUGAAGCUUGUAGAGAACGAGUGGGGUUGGCAGAUUAUUCUUCGUUUACAAAAAUCGAUCUAUGGUCUGAAGGUAACGAGGUAGUUGACGCCCUCCAGUAUGUCUGUUCGAACGACGUAGAUGUCCCAGUUGGCAGUAUCAUUCAUACAGGGAUGCAGAAUAAACAUGGAGGUUACGAGAAUGAUUGUUCAUUAGCCAGAUUAGCUGAAAAUCAGCAAGACCCGGCACUAGCAAGAAAGUGACAGGAAGAAACAUCUGUUUUGUUAGUGCGCGUGUGUCUGAUCAAUAUGUCUGUUGCAUCUUGCUGACUGCAAAACGGAUAUUACUGCCUGAAG